AUGGGCUCACGCCAUUUCCCUGCCCGGACUGUGCUGUUUGAAAGGGAGACGAGCGGAGUGACGUACCGGGUGCCAGCCCUACUCCACAUCCCCUGUGUCGCCAAGCUGUUGGCUUUUGCAGAGGAACGGCUGAGCAUUGAUGAUGCCCAUGCCAACCUUCUGGUGCUGAGAAGGGGCACCUUCUACAAGAACUUUGUGGAGUGGGAAGAUAUGCGGGCCCUUGAGACUGCAACUCUGGCGCACCAUCGGUCCAUGAACCCUUGCCCCAUCUACGAUGAGUUGACUGGCAUGGUUUUCCUAUUUUUCAUUGCUGUGCUGGGCAGGACCCCUGAAGCCUUUCAGAUCAUCACAGGCCAAAACGCUGCCCGCCUCUGCUAUGUCACUAGUUCUGACCAGGGCAUCAGCUGGAGCCACGUGACAGACCUCACACAGGAAGUUAUUGGCAUGUCCAUCAAAGAUUGGGCUACUUUUGCUCUCGGGCCUGGCCAUGGCAUUCAGCUCAAGUCCGGCCGCCUGCUCUUGCCUGCCUACUCUUACUACAUCGACUGCAGGGAGUGCUUUGGGAAGCUCUGCAAAACCACCCCGCACGCAUUUACCUUCUUCAGCGACGACCAUGGGCAGAGCUGGCACUUUGGCGAGUCCAUCCCGAACCUACAGACGGUCGAGUGCCAGAUGGUGUCAGUGGAUGAGGAGGACGGGAACAACGUGCUCUACUGUAAUGCCCGGAGCCCCCUGGGCUUCCGGGUGCAGGCCCUGAGCACAGAUGAUGGAGCGGUCUUUCACGCGGGGCAGCUGGUGCAGCGGCUGGUGGAGCCCCCUCAUGGUUGCCAUGGCAGCAUCAUUGGAUUCCCAGCCCCACUUUACUAUAAGAAUUGCAAGGUCCACCACUCCCAGAGGGAAACACGGUCUGUUAAAGGGCUGGGCUCCCUACAACAGCCUGGAACGGACGACCGACACCAAACUUGUCCUGCUUCACCUGCUGCUACUCUCUGCAGCGCAUCCCUCUGCCACCAAAAGCUGCAGGAAACGUUUGCAUCUCCCAGAACUUCUAGUGGCCACCAUGGCAAUAUUCUCAGUCACAUCUCCUUAGCUCCAGCAGGAACUGAUCAAGAACAUCCCAAAGCUGGAACAAUGUCCAAAUCAGGCAUUUAUUUCCAAAUUCCAACCUGGGUGCUGUAUUCUCACCCGACGAGCUCCAGAUCCCGAGUCAACUUGGGGGUUUACCUCAGCACAUUUCCCAGGGAUGCCGACAGCUGGUCUGAACCCUGGGUCAUCUAUGAAGGGCCCAGUGCCUACUCAGACCUGGCCUACAUUGAGCUGCCUUACUCGGAGUUCUCAAUCACUGGGAUCCCGGCCAUAGCCUUUGCCUGCCUCUAUGAGAAUGGGGUGAGGUCUCCCUACGAGCAAAUCUCCUUCAGCAUGUUCACGCUGCACGAAGUUCUUCAGAACAUUCCUCUGGAAACUUCUUCCCUGGGUGUGAAGCAAAUGUCAGUUGGUAGAAAGAAAAGGGGGAAGAGCUGCGUCAUCUCCUAA